AUGACUAACCCAUAUACUACUAAAUACUGUACCGAGCUUCAAGAGUUUGUUCAGGAAGUGUACGUUAAUAAUGUCAAGAAUUACUAUCCAAGACUGCGUUUAGAAAAGCUCAUUGAACUAUUAGAGCAUGCUUCUUACUUAUUAGAUUCAUAUCAUGCGCUGGCUGAGCAAGGGGAAUGGAAUGAUGGAGUAACGGCCUUUGUAAUAGGUGCGUUUUACUUGUAUUUGAUUGUACCGCAAUCCACGGAGUUUCAAUCCAGGAACUUAUCCUACUCAAUGUAUGUUGAGCUAAGAAAGAAGUACGAGAAUGAGCCCAACAUGACUAAUAUUACAGAAUUAGUACAGAGCAUGGCCGAAGAUUUGGUCCAGGUAUCACAAUCGGAUGCCAAUGUGCACAAAGUGGGGCAAAGCAGACAACGGGCCUAUUCUGUUCCCAGUAAUGCUAGUAAUAUGAGCUCGGCUCCCAUGGAUCAGUUUAAAAUGCUGGAGAUUAACGAGAUGGGACAGAAUUCCAAGGAGACUAUGUGGAGUGCUCCACGUCUAGAGCCACAUGACCAGCUUCAAGUUGUUGGAUCUCAACAGAAUGGUACUAACAGUUUGCAUGUUCCCGGUGGGAUAGAUGCACAAAACGGCGAUCCCAUAGGGUACAAUUCGGAUGCUUCUGAUUCAGCGUCUAUUCAUGAGUGGUCUUUACCCUCGCAGCAUAAAAGUCCCAAGGAUUCAUCGCACUAUUCCGAGACUAACCGUUUUCAGAAGCUUCUUACAGAGAAGCUAGGGUUAGAGAGCACUCGCGUAUCCCCUGUUGAUGACGGCGCCAGCACAAUGCUAACACGGCUUCAUGAGGCGUCUUGCCUCAAAUGUAUUGAUUUGAUGAACAUUUUAAGGACAAAUAUGAGGUAUUCUACAUUAUUAGUGGACUUACGUUUAAAGAGAAGAUAUGAGAAAAACCAUAUAGUGGCUACGAACUUGAUCAAUAUAGAUCCUAAUAUGCUAUGGGACCCUGAAAGGGGUGCUCCUAUAGCAUCAGUCACGGAAUUGGAGAAAAAAGUAGAUAACGAUUUGUUUACGAAUAGAAGCAGAUUUAACUACAUAGUGUGCUAUACAGAUAGCUACACUUAUAUGGUUAGUGAGUUCCCCUAUGAGCUCACUUUUUUCCGCCUAGUAUAUUCCGGGAAGCCGCAAUUAAUUACAAAAUGUUUAUUAGGUGGCUAUGAUCAGUGGAAGGCUUUCCUUAAAGAUUACCAUAAGCAGGAAUCUAUCAACGUUGACGAUUAUCUUUGGCGACCUUACGGCGUUGGAAAGAAGAUUAAACAAGUCGCAGAAUUUAAGGAACCUAGCACCGCAGUCUCUUCUGCGCAAGGUAUGCAUCCACCACCUCCAACACCAGUAAUCCUUGCACCACCAUCUCAACGAAUGCCAUCCCACUUACCGCCUUCUGUGCUAGCACAAUUUGCUUCUGCUAAUCAGAAGGGCCCAGAGCUUCCGGGUGGGAUUCAAAUUCCAGCAAUAAUUACAAGCCAGUGUACACCUCCCCUUCCACCCCAAAAUGCCCCUCCUCUGCCACCUAAAAACCCGCUGCAGCCGCUUCAACAGUUAAAACUGUCUGGUACAGCAAAUGCAGCACAGAAUAAUCCUAACUUUGAACAUUCAUCUCAGGUCCCUGGGAAAACAUGUGUUGACUAUAAACGGAAUUCACAAGUACUGCAACCACCGUCUCUGCAACAACUGCCGCCGCCGCUGCCUCCUCCUCUGCCUCAUGCGCCACCCCAUGUACAACCUCCCGCGCAACCUCCUGCGCUGCCAUUACUUCCUGCUCCCCCUCUUCCGCAGUCUCAGCAAACGCAGAACGUUCCUCCUAUUAUCCCACUGAAGAAACAACCCGUUCCUUUACACACGGGUGUCCAAAAUCAAGAAUUCCUGCUGAAUGGAAGCAAGUUAAUGCCUUCUGCAAUUCCAAGAGGGGAAGUAUCCAGUGUAGAAAUCGUUCCAAAGAAGAAGGUACCGUAUGAUAACAUAUGGCGUAACUCUGAUGUCCCCAAUUCACGAGGAAAAUACACUAAUAGUGCGGUAAUUGAAGGGGAAGGGGACAAAAAACGCAAAUCAGCAAUUGCUGAUUGGGCACUCACUGCAACUCAAUCUCAACCUAAGUCCCAGUCUCAAUCUCUACCUCAAUCUCAGCCUCAACCUCAAAAUCACUUUGUAGUGCCAACCAUUGAUGCUAGUGCGAAUGAGUUUGUUUCAUUGUCAAUUACAGGUCUAAGGAAUAUGGGAAGUACCUGUUACAUUAAUAGUAUGCUUCAAUGCUUAUUCUCUACCACACAGUUCAGGAACUUAUUUCUAUCUAACAUGUAUUCACGUUAUUUGAAAUCUUCAGAGGUGGAAAUAAUGUCUCGUUCUUUCUACAUGUUAUUUAGAAAAAUGUACAUGAAUGGCGGUUGUUCAGUUGUUCCCAGUGGGUUUUUAAGGACAUGCGAUAAUUUGAAGCCUGACUUGGGUAUACCGAAUGCACAACAGGAUACUCAAGAGUUUUUGUUAUUCCUAUUGGAUAGAUUACAUGAGGAAUUAUCUCACGUUGCAGCUGUAGGCAAUGAUUAUUCACAAUUACUUUUACAUGACAAUACUCAUCUUAACGUUAAUGACAAGGAAUACAACAAGUGGUUUGAAGAGAACAUCGAGAGGAAUGGUCUGUCUCCUAUAGACGAUAUUUUCCAAGGUCAAAUGGAGAACCAUCUAUCGUGUCAGCGAUGUGGUUAUUCGUCAUAUAGUUAUUCAACCUUUUAUGUUUUAUCACUAGCAUUACCAAACCAUGUGGCAAAGACUUUCACUAAAUCCAAGAAACUACGUUUAGAGGACUGUAUUAAUUUCUUUACUUGCGAUGAAGUACUAACGGGACAAAAUGCUUGGGACUGUCCAAAAUGUGGGCUAACAGCUAACGGUCACCUAAGGAAGGACGAUAAGCCAAAAAAGAGAACAUUAUUUUCAUCAGGCAAUGACAGCUCUCAAAAAAACUCCACCACCAAUGCCGUCCCUAGCAGUAGAUCGCGGUUGUUCAAAUUUGCCAGUAAGACAAAGUGCGCUUCAAAUUCUCCCCCUAAUGCUGACGGUAAAAAUAGUGGCAGUGAUAAAUAUAAAAACCAGAAAAAACUAACAACCAUCAAGACUCUCAAUUUUAUUACUUUGCCCCGUGUCUUAAUAAUUCACUUAUCAAGAUUCAUUUACGACCUGACAAAGAAAAAUAGCACCGUUGUUACUUAUCCUUUGGUUUUAAACAUUGUUUUAAAGAACAAUGAAGUAGCAAGCUUUAGACUUUACAGCAUUGUUAACCAUUCUGGCACCUUGGUUAGCGGUCAUUACACCGCCUUAGUUAAUAAGGAUAAAGACCAUGAGAUCAAGAAAGGUAAACAAAAAUGGUAUUAUUUUGAUGAUGAAGUUGUGAAGUGUGACGUUAAUCAUGGUAAUUUUGACGAAGGAAUAACGUACGUUUCAAGCGGUGACGUUUAUGUACUAUUUUACGAGAGAAUACCGAAUGACUCUUCUCCAACCUCUUAG